AAUUGUAUUCCGCAUUAAAAAUGUUGGGUCGAUGCGGUACCAGCGCCACAACGCACUGUGACUUCUGCAGGCAGGUAAAAAGCUGUGUACGCGACGGUCAUCAACGCUUCGCGAACCUGGCCGUCGCUUUGAACUACCCGAGUGGUCAUUGCACGGUCUUGGCCUUUUCGUCAUCACUCCUCGCUUUCCAGCGAGAAAAAUGGCUUUGUUUUGAGGUGAAUCAAUUUUGAUUUCAUCGACGGGAGGAAUACCUGGAGUUAACGGAUGUUGACUUCGUCGUCUUCACGUUAAGGAACAAAUAGUUGGCUCGAUAACAGAUUUUGCUCAUUUAGACUUCACAGUGCGUUCGUGUGGAAUGUUGCAGUUUUGGAGUGUGCGCUUUCUGUCUACCAUUUGUAGGCUGUUCGACCUUUUUUGACUAAUGGCUUAGUCGGUGGAAUACUCGGAGUAUUAUGUGAAGUAGGUCUGACAACUAAACGGUUUACCUGAGUUCUAGUGUGUGGUUACAACGAGUGGGGAAUUCUUUGUGCCCUGUAGUUGGAUUUACCCUUUGAAAAGAAUACAAUAAGCCGAUUGCUGAGCACAUUCGUUGCAAGGACGAGAAUUCAGACGUCUUUUCAACGAAUUUGAAUAGAAUUACGCGACCCAGCCAUCCGUGGCAUAGUACUAGUAAACGGAACCACGUAAACAGUGUAGUCAACAAAAAAGUAGUGUCAGAACAGGAGAUAUGGCAGGCAAGUAAAGGCCUCCAGCUCGCUGCAUGAACAGUGGAUUUGGUGAUCCCAUUUCAUCAAGAUUUUCAAGGAGUUAGGAGUUCGUUAGCCAAGAUUUCCAAGAAAUUGAGUUCCUUACAAGUCAGUUUUGGGGUUGAUAUUGUCAUACCAAUAUAUUGGUAUCGCUGGGUAUCAGAAGUUACCGUUGUUGAAGAGCUACAUAGUGCAUCAUGAAUCUUUCGGAGGAGUUAUGCGAGGCAACCUACUGUGGUUACCCAGACUGCAACGAUAGGUACUGGUGGAUGUUCCUGACCUCCAGUUUGGCCACUUUUUUCUUCGGUAUCGGCUCAGUCUUCAUAGUCAGAUUCAUCAGCAGGUUGCUAUGCCUGAACCACCGGCGGCCCCACCCCGGGACUGUGCCCGAGGGGUCGAGCUGGUGUGGCGGUAUCUGCCCCAUGAACUUGCUGGACAAGAACGCGGAGAGUGAGAUGCGCUCUAUGGAAGCGGCUAAGGACUGGGCUACCAGGCUCAUGUCGGCCCAGAGCCGCUUUGGCAGAAUUCUGUUGAUCACAUACUUUUGCGUCAGCAUGGGAUCCUAUGCAAUUUAUGUACUAGACACAAGCAAGCCAAUUGAACGAUGUUUUCCUCCGGACGGAGACCUGCUGUUUUUUAUUGACAACAUCUUUAACUUCUUCUUUCUUGCUGUAUUUAUAUUGAGGUUCAUCAGCUGGAACGACAAGUUCUGGUUCUGGUUUUCAGUCAACACUCAGGUUGACAUUUUCACCAUUCCACCGACAAUCGUUGCCCUUGGGGUCUCCAGGACAUGGUUAGGUUUGCGAUGCUUACGGAUCAUGAUCCUCAUGCAGCUGCCGGAGAUCCUACAGCUGCUGAGAGUGCUGCGGACAAGCAACGGGAUCAAGCUGACCAGCUUACUGACCAUAGUGGCUGGGGCGUGGCUAACAUCGGCUGGCAUCUAUCACUUGGUUGAGAAUUCAGGCGACCCCUGGCUACACUUUCAAAACUCCCAGCCACUGACAUACGGACAGUGCAUCUACAUCACAGUGGUGACAAUGUCUACUGUGGGCUACGGGGACUUGACUCCACAGACGACUUGCGGAACCAUCUUCAUCAUCUUCUUCAUUCUUGGAGUCUUGGCCAUCUUUGCCAGCGCCUUGCCAGAAAUUGUGGAGAUCGUCGGGCAGGGGAGCAAGUACUCCGGUGUCUAUGAACCCGUCAAGGGGAAGAAACACAUCGUCGUCUGUGGCCAUAUCACCUACGACAGUGUCUCCAACUUUCUAAAGGACUUUCUGCACAUAGACCGGGAUGUCGUCAACGUGCACAUUGUCCUGCUGGACACGACGGACCCUGAUCUGGAGUUGCAAGCAUUGUUCAGACGUCACUUUACCAAGCUCCGAUAUUUCCAGGGCUCUGUGUUCAAUCCCGCUGAUCUGCAGAGAGUCAAGCUGAAUGAAUCGGAUGCCUGUUUGAUCCUGUGUAACAAGUACAGCCCCAAGCCGGACACGGAGGACUCAGGACAGAUCAUGCGAGUCAUCUCUAUCAAGAACUUCAACCCUGAGAUGAGAGUGAUUGUACAGCUCAUACAAGACCACAGCAAGACGCAUCUAAUGAACAUUCCCAGUUGGAAUCAAGCUUACGGCGAUGAUGUCAUCUGCAUCGCUGCUCUCAAGCUGGGUUUCAUGGCCCAGACCUGCCUGGCUCCUGGAUUCUCUACCAUGAUGGCCAACCUGUUUGCCAUGCGCUCCAGCUCAGAGAUUCAUAUUAAACCUGUGAAAGAUGACCCAAAUGAACGGGUCUCGGAGACUCAGUCAGUGGUGAAAAAUGCAUCCUCUCCCACAGAGACAUACCUUGAGAGUCCAGAGGGUUGGAUGUCUCACUAUCUUCAUGGCUGCGGCAAUGAGAUCUAUACUGAGAGUCUGUCCAGAGCAUUCGAUGGCAUGAACGCACCAGAAGUAGUCAAGGAGUGUUUCACUAAGCUGAAGCUGCUUCUGAUUGCUGUACAGCAGACUAACGAGUUUGACGAAGCUGAAAUUAUCAUCAACCCUGGUCCACUGCUCCUCAUCACCCAGGGCACUGUGGGAUUCUUCCUGGCUCCAGAUGCCACCGAAGCAAAGAGGGCAUACUACUACUGUCGGGCCUGCCACGGUGAAGGCGUCGGAGUGGAGAAGAUUUGGAGGUGUGAAUGUAAAGAGUGUGCGUGCUUGGAUAACAACCAUUCUAAGAAAUACACCCACAAAGACGGACACAAACUGCUAGCGAUGACAAGACUUGGAGAUGUUCACGAGCCAGCACCUGCGAGGUCAACGGGCGGCGAAUUACCAGAAUUGAAAAUAAAAGGAGUCAACCUGUCAGAAUCAUCAGAUCACGAUCAGCCGGCCUACGAUUUCACCGGUCUCUUUCAUUGGUCCCCGGCCAGGACAGUUGAAGACGCUCUGAUUACAUCAGCCCAGAAGCGUCGAUACCUGGUCAAUCACGUGAUCGUCUGUCUCUUCGGGGAUGAGUUGUCACCUCUGAUCGGCAUCAGGAACUUUGUCAUGCCGCUGAGAGCCAGUAAUUUCAAGUAUGAAGACCUGAAGACCAUUGUGUUCCUGGGCAACAUCAAGUACAUCGAGCGGGAGUGGGACAAGAUUAUGAACUUUCCCAAAGUCUUUGUCUGUAGUGGUUCGCCGCUAAGUCGCGCUGACAUGCGUAACGUCAACGUGCACCAGAGUGCCAUGUGCGUCAUUCUGUCAGCCAACUUAGGGGACAGCAUCGAGCAGGGACUGCAAGACAAAGAGACAAUCUUAUCCUCCUUGAAUCUGAAAUCAAUCAUGGCGGCGGGAGCUCACAGCCGACGUUCCAAGAUCAUCGCAGCCUAUGCAGCUGAGUCGCCGACUAGACUGAACGGCGGUAGCAUCAAGAGGAGCCUCUUCACGCAAAGCUCGCCCAAAAUCACCGUGCCAAUGAUCACCGAGCUAGUGAAUGACAUCAAUGUGCAGUUUCUGGAUGACGACGAUGAAGAUGAUCCAGACACAGAGCUAUAUCUGACUCAGCCGUUUGCCUGCGGUACAGCCUUUGCUGUCAGCGUGCUAGAUUCCCUCAUGAGUGCAACAUACUUCAAUGCAAACUCCCUGACUUUGAUCCGAACCCUGAUCACGGGCGGGACCAACGCUGAUUUGGAGGAGAUCUUGUCGGAGGGUGGGGAGUUACCCCCAGGAGUGCAGAUUGGUAGAAGCCGACUCAAGGAGUUACUGCGAGACAGGUGUACAGUGGACCAGCUCAGUAUCGGCACGGGGGUGUUCCAACACUGCAAGGACGGCCACACGUAUGGUUCCCUGUUCCUCCAUGGGCUGGAGAGUGGCAUCCUAUGUCUGGGUAUCUAUCGCAAUCUCAUCAUCUCGGGCAAAUCGUCCGGGAAGCGCUACGUCAUCACCAACCCCUCCCAGGAGUUUGAGCUUAUGAGCGGGGACCGAAUCUUCUGCCUCAAGCACUUUGAAGACCUGAACAUGAACAACGAGAUACCGGUACGAGAGACGGAUCUGAUUGGCUCGGAUCUAUAGUCCAGCUAGAUUUAAUCAACCAAUCAAAUGGCAGGAUUGCCUAGAUGCAAAAUUGUAUUCAGAAAUUCAGUCUGUUCUUCAAUCACUCUGCAGUAGCAAUAGCAUAAUCAGGCAACAAAAAUGUAUUGUUUUGUGCUUCGUGCAUGGUGUCAAAUCACGUUUCAUCAAUUUUACAUGAAUAUCCUUUUCGUAGGAAAAGAUGCGCAAUGUUUAUCUUAUAAAAUUCUGUAAUUAAAAGUCGCAAGACGUCCUAAUAAGUUGCACUAUUUUGGUG